GAAGAGGCCGCUAGAGGUUCGGAUUGCAACUCUUCCCACGGUCUCGCCAGUCACUUCUGAUUUGCCGUAGUGUUGUGAUGUGAAACCAAGAUGGCGUCUACGGAAAGCUAUCCUAAAAGCAUGACGGAGGCUCCGAGUGAGGACGAACUGCGGCCGGUGCCACGUGAGCGGGCGAUUCUGGAGAGUUUCUUCACGCAGCUCGGAAUGUUCUCGUUCGACCGAGCGAAGGACUAUGUGGAGAAAGAGAAGGACAGCAGCAAGAGCGCAGCGGCCAUCUGGGCCGCUCUCCUCACCGCCUUCGCUCACCUUUCCGCAGCGGAGAAGGCCUAUCACAACAUGACGUUCCUGGGUCAAAAACUGGGCGGCCAGUCGUUCUUCAGCCGCAAGGACUCCAUCCGCACCAUCUACACCUCCCUGUUCAAUGCGCUGAGGAAGGUGGUAACCAUGGGGCGCCACGCCCAGCCAGGCUCCGCACCCUACCUGGAGGACCUGCUGUCUCACCUGUCGGAACAGCUGUGCCACUUCACCCAGGCCCGCAUGGAGAUGGCUGACCUGUACGAGACGAUGCACGCGCUGGGCAGCCAGAAGAACAUCAACUCUGAGGAGCUGGUCGCCACCCUCGAGGCGGUGGUGCAGAAAUACAGCUCCAGAUUCCACCACCCCAUCCUGGGCCGCUUGGAGGGGGGCUUCCAGACAGAGGUGGAUGUAGUAACACAGCUCCUGCGCUGCCAGGCCCAGGUGUCAGAGUGGCACUUCCUGCCCGCCCUGCUCAGCCUGCAUGGGGCUAGCUCUAAGCUGACCGCCUGGGGACAGCUCCUCCAGCUACAGAGGGAGACCCGCAAGCACCUGUUCGGAGGCCAGUCCCAGAAAGCCGUGCAGCUGCCCCACCUGUACAUGUGGCUGCAGCGCUUCCAGGGGGCGCUCCUUGCUAAAUUCAGCUUCUACUUCCAUGAGGCGCUGAGCCGCCAGACGACGUCCGCAGACAUGAAGGCCCUGACUGCACGCACGGCGCCCGAUUACCACGGCAAGAUCUGUUCGUUUAUCCGCAAACACGAUGCCAACAACGUCUCGCUGGUGUUCGACAACCGCGGCUUGGACAGCUUCCAGGGCCACGGCUACCACCACCCGCACUCGUACCGCGAGGCGCCCAAGGGGGUGGAGCAGUUCCCCGCCGUGGUGUCCCUUCCCGGGGGUGAGCGGCCGCUCACGCACUGGCCCAACGUCAUCAUGAUGAUGGGCGACCGCGAGGCAGAGCUCAACGCGCUGGACAAGGUGGUACACUUCUACGACGACAAAGUCCAGAGCACUUACUACCUGACCCGACCAGAAUCACACUUCACCCUGGUGGUCAUCUUCGACGGUAGGAAGUCCGAGAAGGACUCGCACAUCGCCGCCUUCCUGCAGGAGAUCUCUGGCUCGCUGAGGAACUCCAAACCAUUCAGCACCCUCAAACCUGGCUCCAAGGGCUGAGAGAGAGAUAUGCCAUGCUUCAUAAACUGACUGUGUCCCCAUAAGGGGUAGAGAGGUGCGUGCGUGUAACGUUAUAACAGAGAUGAGGCAUUGUUCCAGUUCCAUAGACAGGAUGAACAAGUUGUCUAAUCAUUAGGAAAGCUUCGAGUGACAUUGUUGCAACGUUCUGAUUGGUUUUAGCUUCUUAAAUUGGGCGGCCAGGACCUUUUGCUUUACUACUUGAAAUAUAAUUAGAAGCUCAACAUCAGCUUGUCUUAAUUCAGAGAAUGGCUUCAACCCGUGGUCCAACUGUUUGUUCUGUUGAGCAUCAUGCUUUGAAUCCUUUAGUUUGUUUUGUAAAAUCAGUUCCAGACCAAAAGAGAUGCGUCACUGACGCAGUGUGGCCUUCUCACAGUGAACUGACUAUUGAGACAUUUGACCUGUUUCUUUGACUUGAUUCUAUUCCAUCACAGGUUAGACAACUUCCUACCCGUCAGGGAUAUAAUGGUGCUAUGUACUGAAAGCCUUUGCUUAAUUUGUAUACUUUUGUUAACAUUGUUUGUUUACCGUCAACAGAAGUGCUUAAUUAGUUCUCUGGUAUGUCAUCCUCUAUUUAGUUGUACUUAUUUAUCGGUUUAAUUCCCAAAUGACUGUAGAAAAAAAGCAUCAUGACGUGUGUGUAAGAGGUGAUUUCACACGUUUCUUAAGACUGAGACGUUACUGAGUGUUCAGACGGCCAACUGUAGCACAUCUCCAUCCCGGCCCCACACCCAGCAGGUGAUAAACAAGGCAAUAAUGAAGGCUUGACUAUCCAAAACGCACUUGUUAAUUUCUUCCCUUUUUUUAUUUAUAAUAUAAAUACAACAUCGAUACUAUGCAUUUGGCUAUAAGAGCUCAUCUUUAGGAAGCUCAGGAGUUUCAGAUACAGCAACACUAACAGACAAAACCAUUUCCUUUAAUUAUCAGACACAUUCAGAGAGAAGCCAACAUCCCUUAAAAUGCACCUGUUCACAUGUUACAUGCCAAGUACACAAUUUUCCCUAUACAUCAAAGUGCAAUGUCACAAUAGAUUAACUCUAGGAUUCAUAAUUCAGUCUUCUACUAAAACAUUUUGAUUAUUUCAUUCUAAGUGCUGCUGCUCUUCGUUCAGGACAUGCGUGAGUGGAUUACAACUCCCCACAAAGACGGGUAAAAAAAGGCACUUUCACAUUGACACACACAAACCAAUGCACACCCAUAGCCCAUUCUUGGAGACACACAUCCCCAGGACUCCUCAAACACACACACACAAUAGUUCCCAACCCAGUAAAGGACACAUUCAGUGUGCCGUUGUUCAAGUGUAUUUUGGGCAUUUACACCCAAGAGCCCCACCCGGUUUGCUUACUGUGAACUUAAGGUUAUUUAGUGACUUCAGUGUAACAAACAGACACACUAUAUUCCCACACAAACUAAGUGCCAGCACACACGCACCCCUGUCCUGCACAUGUUCUGGUACUAAAGGCAGACAUGAAUAAUCCAUUUUAUUCACCAUCGCACUUACAAAGGAACAGAACGAGGGCAGGCAGAGGAAACACACAAACAGGGCAAGGGGGAAAGAAAUCACACAUACCCAGGCUGAGGGAAACGAACUCUACAAACUCCUAACCCACUGUACCUCCAAAUGAUUUCCCCUGGCCUGAGUGUGUGUAUCGGUCGAACACAAGAGAAGGCUGUUUUCUAGUAGUGAGGGUUAACGCCACCGCCGGCCCUGUGACAUUAGUGCCCACUGAACAUUCAAUAGAGAGCUGAACAGUCGUAAUUAAACACUGGAACAUUCAUUAAAAUAGCUGAACAUUGGUUAAAUAGAAUGUGAGUUUUGUCACCAAUGCCUCGAGAGGCUUUGGUUGAGGCAUUAGUGAGCUUAGCAGCGGAACCAAGUGAAAUAAAAAAGAUCAGACAUCC